AGCCAGUCUUUCUUGCUUUUAGUGAUAUUAAGGUAGGUAGUCAGAGAAACAUGGAGAAGACAUUCGGGUUGAGCCACCUUUUCAUGACCAUUUUUCUGCAUCACUUCUCCACGUUCAUGGUGAUCCCCGCCAUCACCGACGUCACAAUGACCGCGCUUUGUCCUGGAAGAGAUGAAUGUUCAUUAGCCAUUUACCUCACCGGAUUUCAACAAGCGAUUACUGGAGUGGGAACUCUUGUGAUGAUGCCUUUGGUGGGAAAUCUCUCUGACAAAUAUGGAAGGAAAGCUUUGCUCACGGUUCCAUUCUGUCUCACCAUUUUUCCAUUAGCCAUAUUGGCAUACAGCAGGACGACGGGCUUCUUCUAUGCGUACUACAUUCUCAGGACUCUCACUGCCAUGGUUUGUGAAGGAAGCGUACAUUGCCUUUCCCUUGCUUAUGUGGCGGACAAUGUUCCAGAAGGGCGACGAGCUUCUGUGUUUGGAAUAUUAGCAGGGAUUGGAUCUUGUGCUUUCGUCUGUGGAAACAUAUCCACUCGUUUCCUCACCACUUCCUCAACUUUCCAGGUUGCUACAUCAGUAGCUAUUGUAGCUGCAUUGUAUAUGAGGAUUCUCCUCCCGGAUUCAAUCAGGAGUGAUCAUGAACGUCUUAAGACUCCGAUACUCUCAAAGGGGAAAGCAGCCAUUAGUUGUCCAGUGGAAGAGAAAGAUUCAACUAACAAAGUUCAACUAUUUCAAGGACUCCCUUCUAUUCAGGAUGCGGUCUUCUUGUUGAAGAGCAGCACAAUAUUUUCACAGGCUGCGGUGGUAGCAUUUUUCAGUAAUCUUGCCGAUCUUGGUCUCCAUGCUUCAACGCUGUAUUACCUAAAGGCCAAGUUUCACUUCAACAAGAAUCAGUUUGCUGACUUAAUGGUGAUUUCAGGGAUUGCAGGGGCUAUAUCUCAGCUACUUCUGAUGCCCAUAUUGGCUCCUGUUCUAGGAGAGGAGAGACUGCUUUCUAUCGGACUCCUAUUUAACUGUGCUCAUGUGUGUAGCUUGCCGCCUUCUCACUUGCAGAAAAAUGUUCCUUAUGCAGCUGCUGUAUUCUCUGUUUUGUUUGUAUUCUCACAGCCAUGCAUGCGGACCAUUGUAUCUAAACAAGUUGGGCCCUGUGAGCAGGGGAAGGCUCAAGGCUGCAUUUCGGGCAUAUGUUCAUUGGCUGGUAUUAUCUCUCCCUUAGCUUUCUCCCCCCUAACAGCUCUAUUCCUCUCUGAACGAGCACCCUUCAAUUUCCCUGGUUUCAGUAUUAUGUGCACUGGAUUUGUUUCGAUGAUAGCCUUCAUUCAGAGUAUCAUGAUAAGGGCAGCUCCUCGAAUCCCACUUGAGAGAGUCAGCGGCUGCAACACUGAUGCUCUGGCCUAGUGGCAGGGAUGUGCUCUUCCUGCUGGGCCUCAUUAUAUUCUAAAUCUUACAGUGAGGCCAGCAUAUAAAAGAGAAGUAGAGAUUUUUACGUAGCAUUUAAGUUAUCAGACUAAGAUUUCUGCAGCCAGGGAUUUCUCAAAAUGCUGGAGUCUAAUUCUGGAAGCACUCCACCCCAUUUUGACAAUUCUGUGUUUUUGUAUUAUUUAUAUAGGCUAAAAAGAUGUGGUCUGGCAUGCAAUGUUUUUGUAUUUACAACUUGUUAAAUAUGAAAUUUGAUGGAAAUGAUAGUCAUGGAUCAUUGCAUAGAGAUCAAAAUUUGUAUGAACGAAUCAGUCUUGUGAAAGACACAGUGGGAAUGAAAUGUUUGUGAUUAAAGUAGAAUAACAAUGAAAUUUUAUGGUUUAA